GUCACAUGCACAGUGCGCGAAAAAGUGUGGAGCUGUUCACUCAAUCAACAUGGCGGGGUUGCAGUUGGGACGCUGGCUUGGACAAACUUGUAAAUUUUCUGGAAUCGCAGGGACGAUUUCUGCUUUAGUGACCGGUUUCAGACAACCACAUUUUACAAGAUGUAUAUCCACCUCGUCCCUCCACUGGGCAAAACAGGUGUCUUCUGUGCAUAUACCAGAAUUAGAAACUUUCGAAAAGAUGGGAUACACUUUCGAAAGUCACGAAGACCUGCAUCGAUUUUCGCUUCGUGAACCAGACAAGUUCUGGGGGACAUUUGCCCGGUCAAGGCUGCGGUGGUACGAGGACUUUGACAAGGUCUCGGAAGUCGAUUGGGCCGAGGGGGAAAAUGCCUGGUUUUUAGGCGGAAAGAUAAACGUGUCUGUGAACUGUAUUGAUCGUCAUAAGGAGGCCAAUCCAGACCGAGUUGCGCUCAUAUGGGAGAAAGAUGAACCGGGACAGGAAGAAAGGAUUACAUACAAACAGCUGUAUGAGAUGACCAAUCAGAUUGCCAAUACCUUGAGGAGCCACGGGGUGAAGAAGGGGGACCGGGUGGCCAUCUACAUGCCCGUCUCUCCACUAGCUGUGGCCUCUAUGAUGGCGUGUGCACGGAUCGGUGCUAUCCACAGUGUUGUGUUUGCUGGGUUCAGUGCGGAUUCCUUAGCAAGCAGGAUUAGAGAUGGUGAUGCCCAGACAAUCAUCACCUCUGACCAGGCGGUGAGGGGCGGCAAGCUGAUUGAUCUCAAGAAGACUGUGGAUAAUGCAGUCAGUCAGUGUCCCAGCAUACAGCGUGUCUUUGUAGCUCAGAGGACCGGAAACCCUGUGCCUAUGUCAAAGAUUGAUAUUCCACUGGAGGAGGCCAUGGCCAAAGAAUCCACCGAAUGCCAGCCGGAGAUCCUAGACUCUGAGGACCUUCUCUUCAUGUUGUAUACAUCGGGAUCCACCGGCACACCCAAGGGCCUGUCUCAUUCACAGGCGGGCUAUCUACUCUAUGCAACACUCACACAUCAGAUGGUGUUUGACUAUCAGCCUGAUGAUGUGUAUGCCUGUGUAGCAGACAUUGGUUGGAUCACAGGCCAUACCUAUGUAGUCUAUGGUCCGCUCAGCAAUGGUGCAACCACGGUCCUGUUUGAGAGUACGCCCACGUACCCUGAUCCAGGUCGCUACUGGGAGAUGGUACAAAGGUUAAAGUUGAACCAGUUCUACGGAGCCCCUACGGCAAUUAGACUCCUUCUAAAGUAUGAUACUUCCUACGUCACCAAAUAUGACCGUUCCACACUGAAGACUCUUGGCUGUGUUGGUGAGCCACUGAACCAUGAAGCUUGGGAAUGGUACAACGAUGUCGUCGGUGAGAAAAGGUGUUCCCUGGCAGAUACGUGGUGGCAAACAGAGACAGGAGGUAUUGCGAUCAGUCCCCGCCCAUCCAGCCCAGAGGCUGUGAUUCACCAUGGACCUAUGACGCCAUUCUUUGGCAUAGAGCCAGUCCUCAUGAAUGAUAUGGAUAACACGGUAGAGAUGACAGGCAACAGUGUGUCUGGAGCCUUGUGUGUCGGGAAACCCUGGCCAGGCAUCGCUCGCACCAUCUAUGGCAACCACCAACGAUACGUGGAGACUUACUUCAAACCAUACAAAGGUGUGUAUUUCAGUGGUGACGGGGCCCAUCGCGAUAGACGCGGCCAUUACCACAUCACUGGCCGUAUGGAUGAUGUCAUCAACGUCAGUGGUCAUCGUAUAGGAACUGCUGAGGUUGAAGAUGCUAUGGAUGAGCAUCCUGCCGUGGCAGAGACCGCUGUGGUAGGAUUCCCUCACGACAUCAAGGGGGAAGGUAUCUAUGCCUAUAUCAUUCUCAAGGAUGGAAUCAGCGAAUCUGAGGAGGAUAUCAUCAAGGAACUGAAGCAGAUGGUCCGACAGAAGAUAGCUGCUUAUGCCGUGCCGGAUAUGAUCCAGAUCACACCAGGCCUGCCUAAAACCCGAUCCGGUAAGAUCAUGCGCCGUAUUCUGCGUAAGGUGUGCGCUGAUCAGAGCGACGAAUUGGGUGACGUGACCACGCUGGCCGAGCCCUCGAUUGUUGAAGUCAUCGUCAACAACCACAAAAAGAUCAGUCAGAAAUGAGUGUCAGCGAUGCUUAUGCAAGAUGAUGCGCUUCCAAUGGUAUGAAUUUCUGACCAGUAGAACUUGAUAGGUAUUUGUUUUGGUUAAAACCUGGUGGAGGUUUUACUGUCCUUAACUUGUUCUUGGUCCAGAGCAUUCUUAGUUAUUUACUCUUUUCGGUUUUUCUAUGUUUGAACUAUAUUCCCCUUUUUAUUUU